UACCCUUGAGGCCGGACAGAGGGUCUCCUGACAUUACGCGCACGGGAGAGGGAGAGAGAUGGGUGGUGGCUCUGUGAAGGAUUUGGGGUCGAAGGCAGAGCUGGAUGGAAUCCUGAGGGAAGGGCAGACCACCAUCAUCCAUUUCUGGGCAGCAUGGUGCGAGGCUUCGAAGCAGAUGGACCAAGUCUUCUCUCACCUCUCAACGGACUUCCCUCACGCCCGCUUCUACAGGGUUGAGGCGGAAGAGCAGCCGGAGAUUUCAGAGGCGUAUUCCGUAUCCGCUGUGCCUUUCUUUGUUUUCUGCAAGGAUGGUAAAAAGGUUGAUACGUUGGAAGGUGCAAAUCCUUCCAGUUUGGCCAAUAAGGUUGCAAAACUUGCUGGUUCGAUUGACCAAGCCAAAGCUGCUGCACCUGCAAGUCUUGGCAUGGCUGCUGGCCCCUCGGUGCUUGAAACAGUUAAGGAGUUGGCUAAAGAAAACGGCAGUUCACAGGCAAAUCAUCCACCUUUGGACCUUAAUGACUCCUUGAAGAAGCGGUUGCAGCAACUUGUGGACUCCCACCCAGUGUUUUUAUUCAUGAAAGGAAGUCCAGAUGCACCCAAGUGUGGUUUCAGUCAAAAGGUUGUAAAUAUUUUGAAAGAGGAAGGUGUCGACUUUGGAAGUUUUGAUAUCCUCACAGAUGAUGAGGUUCGUGAAGGGAUGAAGAAGUACUCCAAUUGGCCCACUUUCCCUCAGUUGUUCUGCAAGGGUGAACUUCUUGGUGGUUGUGAUAUUGCUUCAGCAAUGCAUGAGAGUGGUGAACUUAAGGAAGUCUUCAGAGACCAUGGCAUUCAUCUGGUAACUAGCUUGAGUGUCAAUGCAGACACAGAAGAAGCUUCAUCAGCAGCAGGAAUGAUUGGUGGCAUAACUGAAUCAAGUGGUUUAAAUGAAGCCUUGACUUCCCGCCUAGAGGACCUGAUAAAUUCACAUCCUGUAAUGCUGUUUAUGAAAGGGAAGCCUGACGAACCCAGGUGUGGUUUCAGCCGCAAGGUUGUUGAAAUUCUCAAAGAAGAGAAGGUUGAGUUUAGUAGCUUUGAUGUUUUAACUGAUGAUACAGUUCGACAAGGACUGAAAGUAUUAUCCAAUUGGUCAAGCUAUCCACAGGUAUACAUAAAAGGGGAGCUCAUUGGAGGAUCUGACAUCAUGUUAGAGAUGCAGAAAAGUGGAGAACUGAAAAGAGUUUUGGAUGAGAAGGGAAUCAUCCCAAAGGAAUCUCUAGAUGAUCGCCUGAAGAAACUGGUAUCUUCAUCAAAGACAAUGCUGUUCAUGAAGGGGACGCCAGAAGCCCCUCGUUGUGGCUUCAGCUCAAAGGUUGUCCAAGCUCUUAGCUCUGAAGACGUGAGCUUUGGAUAUUUUGAUAUUUUGACUGAUGAUGAGGUCAGGCAGGGACUCAAAACCUUCUCGAACUGGCCAACCUAUCCGCAGCUUUACCACAAUGGAGAAUUGAUUGGUGGCUGUGACAUCGUGUUGGAACUUCAACAGAGCGGUGAGCUGAAAUCAACUCUGAUGGAAUAGUGGUUGAAGUCAUACAGUUCUGAAAAUAUUAUGCUUACAUUUGCAGUUUCACCUGCUUGAGAACUUUUCUUGAUCGUCACUCUCUUUCUUGACAUGCAUAUGUUCAAAAGAUAGUAUUCUGCCUUCGUCGCGAUCUCAAGGUUCUUUACCAAGUCUGAUCUUGUGUAGCCUCAGAAUGAACCAUUCUGAUGGUCAUAUCUGCUUUAUCGAUUUAGAUCUCACUGUUUUGUUAUAUGACAAGUUAUUUUUUGGUAUUAA